AUGACCCCCACUGUCACUCUACAUCCAUCCAUCUAUUGUUUUCUGUUCCGUUCUCUGAGUGUGACCGCCAGUAUCCAUGCUGCAACUGUACCAAGCGAGAAUCUUUGCCAAUAUGAGGCUGAACCGAAGGGCUGCCAACCCUCACGAAGCGGUUCCGGUGACGGCGAUCCUCCGGAAACCAGCCGCGGCACGAAUAUGGUUCAUAUCUGCCACCCUGCUGAACCGAACACCGAGUGGUCUAGCGAGUUUCAGGACAAAAUUCGAGAUUUUGGAUACUCCAGCCACGGCAAUUUCAACUCCAUGAGCCUUUUGCAUAGUGCUAAGCUGUGUGGCGGUCAGGCCACUAGUUUAUCUAGCUCCCGUACCACAAGGCAGGCCACUUUCCGAAAUGAUGCGAACCGCAAGUAUAAGGAAGCAGUCCGCCAGCUGCCCUCACAAGCCUGCAUCGACCUCUUGGUCCAAACCUUUUUCUCGGACAUCAACUGGCAGUACGACGUGCUGGACGAGGGAUCCUUCAAGGAACAGCUAGUCGCAUGGAGAGAUAUCGUACUCCGACCUCCAACACUACUCUUUCAAGUCCUCGCACUCGCCCUUCUUUUUCAUCCUCCUCAUGAUGAAAUGAUCGGUUCUCUCAUUACCAUGGCUGAUAUGACCUUCCAUGAUCUUGGAGGCGAAUAUAGUGAUACGGGUGCUGACUUAUUCGCAUUGUUGGGGAAAAGGGAUCUAACAAUCGCCACGGUGCAAGCAGGUUUGCUACGAGCCUCGUUCUUAAAAAGCAGUGGUAAAGUUAUUGAAGCCUGGCAUACACUCGGGGCAACAAUCCGCGACGCACAGGAGAUUGGUCUACAUACCGGGCGAAUCGUAUCUGAUCAAUCUCCAGUGCGGCCGAAACGCGGGAGAGAAAGUGUCAGUCUUGUGGGUCACAAAAUCUGGGUGGUCUUGCAUAUUUGGGACGUCCACAUGGCUGUCGUUCUCGGUCGACCGAUCGCCACCGAUAUUCAAAUCGAUCACUUCGCCCGCACAGCUUGGAAUGCCUACCCUCUUGGUGCCGCCUGGAAAAUCCAGAUACAAAGUUCGAUGGAUUACGCCGGUGCCAGUGGUUACCAGCUGCUCGAGAGGGACUAUCGUCGCUCAUCCACUUUGUUAUUCUGGCACUUCAUCGACCCUUCAUAUUCUCUGUUCCUCAUAGUCGCACAGAAGCCCUGGGAGCUGGGAUAUCCGUUCUUCGCGCACAAGAACGACUAUUUGAGCAGUCAGAGCCACGCCAGCGCAAGGUGUUCAAUUUUGUCUAUGGUUCUUUCGAUGCAAUUGUUCUCAUUGCAGCACUCUGCCUUGUUUCGAACGAGGACCGUGAACUACAAACAGCGUGUAUCGAAGUUGUUGAAAGGGGGAUGCAAAGGCUGA